AUGACGGCGGAAAGAUCACUGACAGCUGUACCCUCACACUCCCACCAAUAUGAGCUCCGUGAUUGGACGUAUCACGGACGCCAUUCUCCAAUGAGCUACCACUGUGGGAUAUUUAAAGUAUGUAAUUGCAGCAUGUAUUUACCAAUUGAUAAAGCCGAACUACACAGGCGAAACGCGUCUUGGACCAAGCACUAUCACUUGAGUAUAUUGAUUUUAUUGUUUUAA